GCAUGCGCAUCGAGAACUGGUGUGCAGAGAAUUAGAGCUAGCUAGCUAGAGCUAUAUAGAGAGCAGCUCCGCGCCGGCCAAGGAAAAUAAAAAUGGAGCUGAACAUCAAGGAGGUGCCCGAGCGGCUGAAAAUCGACGCGGAGUCUCUGCGGCGCUACCUGGCGGCGCGGCUGCCGGGGUUCAAGUGCGACCCAGGGCGCCUGGUCGUCCGGCAGUUCUCGCACGGGGAAUCGAACCCCACCUAUCACCUAAUGGCCGCGGCGCCCGGGGAACUAGUUCUGAGGCGUCGACCGCCGGGAAAGCUGCUCCCUGGAGCUCACAGGGUAGAUAGGGAGUACAAGGUGAUAUCGGCUCUGCAUGGGGUGGGGUUUCCAGUCCCCAGACCAUUCCUCUACUGCGAGGACAGCUCCGUUAUUGGAACCGAGUUCUACAUCAUGGAGUGCGUCAAGGGCCGCAUAUUCCACGACACCAACCUCCCUGACAUGUCUCCCGGGGAACGGAGGGAGCUGUUUGUUGCCAUGACGACCACCCUGACACAACUCCAUUCCAUUGAUUGGAGGGUGUGUGGCUUGGAACAGUAUGGAGGCAGAGGAGACUACUGCUCUAGACAAGUAUGCACUAAUAAAAUUUUAAUGGAUUGCCUUAUAAAAUUUUAGUCAUAAUAUGCAAAAAUAUUUCAUCAGUGUGUAAAAUUUUGCAGGUGUCAGUAUGGGCAAACAACUACGAGAUGGCGUCAAAGGAAACAGAGAAGUACAGUGAGAUGAGGGAACUGGGAGAUUGGCUGAAGACAAAUACUCCUCCUGUCAGCAAUCAGUCUCUUGCUAUUGUUCAUGGCGACUACAGAUUGGACAAUGUCAUCUUCCAUCCAACUGAGCCUCGUGUAGUAGCAGUGUUAGACUGGGAGCUGAGCACCAUCGGUCAUCACACGUCUGACCUUGCCUACUUCUCUCUCUUCACUUCUCCCGGACUCAUACCAGAUCUUACUGAUGACAUUCAGAGGGAUGAAGGGUUCCCUUCUUCCGAUGACAUAAUGAUGAUGUACGCCACCAUGACAAUGAGACCACACCCACUCCCACACUGGACCUUUUUUCUUGCGCUGUCAUAUUUCAGGAUGGCUUCUAUUGCCCAGGGGGUGUAUGCACGUGGUAUCCAAGGAAACGCCAGUAGCUCAAUUGCUCUGUUUUACAAGAACCUCGUUCAACCGCUUGCCGAGGCUGGAUGUGCUCUAAUUAGAACAGUCAAGAACACCCCACCCGUCCUGGACUUUGUCGGGUACUCCCAGAGGGCAAAGGUCACGCUGUCGAAACUGAAAGAGUUUAUGAGGGAACAUGUCUACCCGGCAGAACCGGUAAGUGGGGGAACUCCUCUAUAAUUAGGGAACCUUUAACCACAUUAAUAAGUACACCUUUUAUUUCCCCAAGAACAGUUCUUGCAUGCAAUGUAACCCCUGAAAUAAGGACACCUCACUAAUUCUUCUGUCCCAUUGGGCUCCUAAUUAGAGGGGUUCCACUGUUGCAACUCCAUGCAGGCACUAUAUGCCCACGCUAUCGAUCCCGAUCAGCAAUGGGUGGUCCCUCCAAUAAUGGAGGAGCUGAAGAAGAAGGCUCGGGAGGUGGGACUGUGGAACCUGUUUCUACCCGGUUUGUCCGGUUUCAGCCAGCUGGAAUACGCCCCCAUGGCGGAGGAAAUGGGGCGGUGUCCCUUCGCUUCCGAGGUGUUCAACUGCUCCGCCCCGGACACUGAGCCAGCCGUUGCCUCUAGCGAUGCCACCAACAUACAGUGUACCAUAACCCCCAGUAACCAUGGAGACCACUAUGUCGUGAACGGAAGAAAAUGGUGGACUAGUGGAGCCGGCGACCCCAGAUGUGCCGUCGCCAUAGUAAUGGGAGUGACCAAUCCGGAUGCAGAUAGAUUACAUCGUCACUCGAUGAUCCUGGUACCCAUGGCAACACCGGAAGUGAGGAAAAUACGCCCUUUAACCGUCUUUGGAUACAAUGACUCUCCCCACGGCCACUACGAGGUGGAGUUUGACCAGGUGAAGGUCCCGGCGAGGAACCUCAUCCUGGGAGAGGGACGAGGGUUCGAGAUAGCUCAGGGCCGACUGGGCCCGGGGAGGAUCCACCACUGCAUGAGGACCAUCGGACUGUCUGAGAGGGCCCUGGAACUGAUGACCCAGAGAGCUGUGUCCAGGAGAGCCUUCGGGCAUCGACUAGCCUGGCAUCAAACAGUGAGAGUGAGUAUUGCGGAAUCUCGACUGGAAUUAGACCAGAGUAGACUGCUGGUACUCAGAGCAGCUCAUGCCAUAGACACUCUGGGAACCAAGGCAGCUAGGAAAGAGAUUGCGGGGAUAAAGGUGGUGGUUGCUAACAUGGGUUGCCGCGUCAUAGACAGAGCCAUCCAGAUAUUUGGAGGGGCUGGUGUUAGUAACGACGUGCCGUUGGCCAGUUGGUACGCGGGAGUCCGCAGUCUGCGAAUUGCUGAUGGUCCUGACAUUGUCCACUUGGAGACAGUCGCCAAAGAAGAACUAAAGCACCAAUCCAAACUGUAACUUUUAAAAAACCUUUUGGUGCUGUGUUUUUAUGUUUUGAACAAAAUUUAGAACCAAAUUGUUUUAUAUACAUGUCGUCUGAAAAUAGUUAAAUGAGUUUUUCGAACAGGUCA